AUGGCUCCUACUGCUACACCAGCCACUGAAUCAAAAGAUGAUUUAGAAGCUACUGUUAAAAAGUUGGCUUCUUUAAAGCCAAUUGGACACUCCUCUUUCAAAGGUGAUGUCAAAGUCGGUUAUGAAGGUUCUUGGAUCGAAGGUUUACCAGAAUCAACCAAGGCCAGAUAUGCUAGACAUGGGGUUGAUAUUAGCAAUGGUUAUCCAUAUGUUCCUGAAAAUGAUAAAAUUCCAAAAUUUGUUGAUGAAGCUUACGCCAUUAGAAAUGAAGAUUAUCCAUUCAUUGAAAGAGGAAAGAAUGCUGAUCCAGAAAAGAAGGCUUUAUUUGGUGCUGCUAAAGAAGUUAGGAAUUUAACUAAACAUAUUGGUACUGAAAUUGUAGGUUUACAAUUGGCUGAUUUAAAUGACAAACAAAAGGAUGAAUUAGCUCUUUUAAUUGCUGAAAGAGUUGUCGUCUUUUUCAAGGAUCAAGAUUUGAGUCCUCAAAAGCAAUUAGAAUUGGGACAUUAUUGGGGUCAAGUUGAAGUUCAUCCUCAAGUUCCAAGAAUUAAUCAUCAGUUAGAUGGUAUUUCAGUUAUCUGGCAAGAUUACUUCCGUGAAAAAUAUGGUUUAGGUUUAACAUUUAAGAAAGCAAUCGGUGGUAAUUCACAAUGGCACACCGAUUUAGUUCACGAACAUCAACCAGCUGGUAUUACUCAUUUACAUAAUGAUGCUAUUCCAAAAGUUGGUGGUGAUACUGUUUGGGCAUCUGGUUAUGCUGCUUACGAUAAAUUAUCUCCAGCUUUACAAAAGUUUUUAGAUGGAAAGACUGCUAUUUAUAGAAGUGCUCAUCAAUAUAUUGAUCGUGAAAACCCGUUAAAGGGACCAAAAUAUGUUGAAAGAGAACAUGCCUUGGUCAGAACGCAUCCAGCUACUGGUUGGAAAUCGUUAUAUGUUAACAGAUCAAUGACUGUUAGAAUUGUUGGUUUAGAACCAGAAGAAUCCAAAGUUAUUUUAGAAUACUUAUACUCUGUCUACGAAAAGAACUUGGAUAUUCAAGUUAGAUUCAAUUGGACUCCAUCCAAGCCAGGUUUAGGUACUUCUGCUUUAUGGGAUAACAGAAUUUCUCAACAUUUUGCAGUUUGGGAUCAUGAAGGUAAUGAAGCUAGACAUGGUACUAGAGUUACAUCAUUAGCUGAAAUUCCAUAUUUCGACCCAGAAUCUAAAUCUCAAAGAGAAGCCUUAGGUUUAUCAUUGAAUUAG